UAGUAGUUCUCACCAAUUACCUGUUUAUCUAUUUCAAUUUCAUUGAUUUCUAAUUUUUCAUGUCUUGUGUUGUUUUAUAAUAAGUUUUGCUUGAAAUUUAGUUGUAUAGUGGUUUCUGGUCCUAUAGUUGAUCACUUUGUCAUCUUGUAAUGGCGUCAACAAGUUCUGAUAAACCGACCAAAAAAAGCAUCUUGAAAAAGCCUCAUUCUCACUCCGAGGAGCACAAAGGAGCAAAGUUUGAUGAGAUGAAUAUUCUUGCCACCUACCAUCCUCCUGGGAAAGAUUACGGACACAUGAAGAUUGAUGAACCGAAGACUCCGUAUCGUUCUGAGGGAGAUGAAGAGUUGGAAGGGGUGGAUGCAAAUGAAGUCCUCAAAAGGUUGGAGGACCCAGGCAAUCCAAAAGAGCGGACAAGGUGUGAUAGCCUUCAGUCCGAUGAAGAGAAUGACCAGUACCUUUCGCCGGAUGAGAGAGAAAAAAGGAAAAAAUUCCGGGAGGCGAGAAAAAAUCACUACAACAUGAAAGAAAACAUGCAAAAAGCAAAGGAACUAUUAGCAAAGGAAAUGGCUGAUUUAGAACAAGAUGAAUAAGGUUCACUUUCUCACUUCUUUCAUCUUCCUAUUUAAUUUUGAGGGUAGUAAUUUAUACUGGUCCAAUUAGCUGCCAAAAUGAACCUUUUUAAGCAUUAAACGAUUUUUUAGUGGUAGCAAAUUUGCAUGUAUUCUGUUACAGUUGAAGCAAAAUCUAAUAAACUAAUAUUUGGAUCAAACCAGAAAAUAAAUUUUUAUUUGCAAAAGAAUGCUAUAAAAUUGUGUAAUUGUGUAAGUUUAAAGCAGGAAAUUUAAUUUGUUUGUUGAUGCAUUAGUGCAUUAGUGAGCAUUAUUUCAGUUGAAUGUAUCUGCAAACAUAUUUCUUUUUGGAUUUCAUACAGAAUUUCCUGAAUAUCUUUGCAUUAUUGUGAAUUGCAUUUUGCUGCUUAGAAAUAGGAUUUUUUCACUGCAUGCAUGUUUUUGUAAAAUCUUGCAUAAUUAUUAUAACCACUUAUAACCUUAUAUGUAUGUUGAGUAUAACUUUUGAACAUAUAUUUGUCAUUCACGUAUGUUCCAUUAUUAUAUACCUUAGUUAAACAUGCAUAAUUUUUAUGAUCAUUUUAAAUUUUGCCCAACAAAAAAGGACUAACCAGUAACCAACUAACUAAUUCUUUUUGUACCUGUUAGAAAAUUUUACUUUUUUAACAUACAACAUGUUGUCAACAAAGCAUUUAUCUAAAUUAAAAUCAAACAAUUUGGUCAAAAAACAACUUUAUAAAUCUACACGAAUGUGAUUCCAUGGGCUAUUGCAAUGCAUAUACUGAAUUAUGCUUUCAGACCUAGUCCAAGUAAAACUCGUUGUGUAGUUUAUGUUAGACCCACAAUAUGUGAACAUAACAUAUUAGUGUACAGAAAUUACCUGUUAUAGUUUUUUACCAGUGGUAACUAGGAACUAUAUUAUAUUUCAGGAGAAACAAAUUUUUACUUAAUUUUUUUCAAAUUGAGAUUCUUUUUUCCUUGGGGGUAAUUGAGAACUAUUUCAUGAGAAAUUAUUUUUCACCAUAUUUUUUCAAAUUGAGCUUUCAUAAAAUUCAAAGUUUAUAGUUUAAGGUGCAAACUGACAUAUAUACUUUCAAUAUUUGUGUCACUGUUGUGUGGCUUCCUGCUUGUCACAUUCAGCCUCAUUUUUUAUAACGUACUCGUACACUAAAAACAAAAUUCACAAAGCUAUUUUAAUAUUUGGUAUAAAAACAAUUUUUUUCAUUUUUUAGUAAUGUCUGUACCCAAUUAUAAUAAUUUAAAGGGAAAUGUUCAAAUGUACAUCAUUCAUGAGUUUUUCUGGGUUGUUUUUUAAUUUCCUGUUUCAACAUCGCAAAG